AUGAGUUCAAUAACAACUCUUAUAACCAGAUUACAAGGUUUUGUCAAUGGUGGGGGUAACGGGGUCAGUUUUACUUGAAAUCGCAUCUAGUCCCAUUAUAUCACUUUGCAGUUUCAAGUUCGGUACAUACAGGGAAGCGACAGCUCGCCAUCGCCUCUGUCGUCUUGGCCGCUGGCCAACUCGGUUAGUUUUUUUUUUCGUCCUUUUGUGAGAUUGUUUCGGAAUUUCAAAAGUUUAAAAAAUCAAUAAUUUAUGUAAGAGGACAAAAUAUCACAGCUUUCAAAUUUUUUUAUUCAUUCAAAGUCAAAUUUGGACAGUUCGGAGGAGUUACAUAAGCUUAGAAAAUAGCGUGUGGAUAAAAAAACUCCGACAACUCUUUUUUAAUAUUCAAGAGAAUGUGAAAUGAGUAUAUCUUCAUUUUUUCGAAGAAAAAGAACUCCAUGGUCUUGACAAAAAUGGAAUUAUUCAAUUUCGCCAGAUUUCUCGACAAAAGUUCUAGAUUUUUCAUCUAAGAAAACUCGAAGAAAUUUCCAAUAAAUUCCAAUUUUCUGACCCUCAACCCAAAGAUAGUUGAAUCAGCUUGUUUCCCUUUUCCAAAAACGUCAACAAGAAAAAAAAAAUGGGUUUUGAAAACAUUUGGCAGGUUUCUCAACGAGCUUGAUAAAGUUAUAACCUAUCCCAUCUCAAAGAAAUUUCGAGUGGUAUCCAAUUUUUUGUCUCAUUGCCCCUCAACCCAAAAAACUGUUGAAUCAGCCGACCGCUUGACGGAUCGCGCUUUUUUCCUUUAUGUAAAAACGUCAAGCGCGCCACGGGGAUUAUUGUCGGAACGCUUUCGCAACGUCAGUCGGUGUGUACAUAACAAUAGGGAGGUCGACUCGAAAUUUGUGUCAUUUUUACCCACAUGUGCUCCUGUAGAUUCUUACGGCGGUAUUUUGUUAAGGACCGGCGGCUACUAUGCAAGGCGUUCAAGUACAUGGACGACGUCGUCAAACAAUGCCAAAGUCCUCGGCUCAACCUCAAAAAUUCGCCUCCCUUCAUCCUCGACAUCUUGCCGGAUACUUACUCACAGGUGCUAGUUUCGUAUAUUUUUUCGAACAAUUUUGGAAGGUUUUGCGACUUUUCUUUCUCUCUCUCUUUCUAUUGUCAAGGUUUACUUUUAAAGACGGGAAAAUAAUUUUUGACAGAAAACUGGAAAUUUGAGUGAACAUGUGUGUUCUAACCUUGACAAACAAAAACUGCACCCUUGAAAAAAAUCCAAAAAUGACUAUUUUUUGAAGAAAACUCAUUGAAUUUCACCUCUCUUCCAUCAGAAUGGGAGGCUGAUAAUUAACGUGAAAGAAAAGUAUUAUACAUAUUUUUUUGAAGCUUAUGUUCAUCUUCACCCAAAACAACAACGUUCUACGGGAAAACGAGUACCUCAGGAUCUUCCUCGACAACAUGCAACAAAAAUGUAAAGAUGUGAGUUUUUUUACAUUCUCCUAAAAUCAUAAUUCCUUCAAGAUUAAUAGAGACUUUAACGAUUUUCAGGUUUUAAAACUGUUCAAAACGACGACGAUCUUCGAUGAAGCUUCAGAAGAAAGGCGAAAAUUAACGAAGCUUUCGCUCACUUUUUUUCCCAUAUGCUUUUUUUGAGUUGAAAGCCGAGUUCCCAUCUGGAAAUUUCAUAGGUAAAACUCAAGAAAAAAAUAAGAAAAAUUAUUUUGAAAGUUCAGGCGACAAGUUUCGGAUCACCAAACGAGAGGCUGAAGACUUUUGGCAACAGUAUUUCCCGAAAAAGUUGGCUUUUCGUAAAAAUUUUAAGAUCAAAUUUUUUUAAAGAUCAAUAGUACCAUGGUCUCAGUUUCUACAAGCCUUAGAAACUGCGCAUAAUUAUUCGAUGCAGCGUUUGGAAUCUACAACUUUGAAAACAACCAUCGAUCUGACAGCUAACGACCACAUUUCCAACUUUGAGUUUGACGUUUUUACGAGGUAAUUUUUUAUGAAUUUUAUUUUCUCUUUUUUUUCUGAGCUUUCUAAUUUCUGGCUUUCGUUUUUUUGGGAUGUGUAGGGCUAUUGAAGGACCAAGUAAGAAAAAUUCAGAAUCAAAAGAGCAAAAAUAAAAGUAGUUGAUGAUUAUGACUAUUUUUAGAAUCAAUUUCAGUAAUAAUUUUUUUUUUCUAAUGGCAUUUCCUAUAAAAACAAGUUCUUUCUAACUUUUUAAGGUUUUGGAAUUUUUUUUUGACACUUUCGAAAAGCGACUGUUUUGAAAACGCUUCAGCUAUGGAUGCCUUUUCUGCCUUAAUUCUUUUAAAAAACGUUUUUUUUUUCAAAAAAAGAAGCUACAUAACUUUACUGUUCCAGUAUAAGAUUGUGCAAGUUAUGAAAUUUUAAACCCUGAAAGUUCGGAAAUGAGGGAAAUUUUCAAAAAUCAACCCCACUGUCUCCUUUUUUUUGCUCACGUCAUUUCCGAACCUUUUCAGGUUGUUCUAUCCCUGGAAGACGCUUCUGCGUAAUUGGCAGCUUCUGACGACGAAUCACCCAGGUUACGUCGCGUUUCUCACCUACGACGAGGUGAAAAAGCGGCUGGAGAAGCUGUCGAAAAAGCCUGGAAGGUUCUUUUUUCGUUUUUUAUUGACUUCUGCUGUUGGAUGAAUAACGACGCGCGUGGAAAAAGGGAGUUGAUGGAUGGUUUUUGCAGCUACGUUUUUCGGUUGUCGUGUACUCGGCCUGGACAAUGGGCAAUUGGGUACGUGGCGCCGGAUGGGAAAAUCUACCAAACGAUCCCGCAAAACAAAAGUUUGAUCCAGGCACUUCAUGAAGGCAGCAAAGAGGGAUUGUUAGUUUUUUAAGAUUGUUUUUACAAAAAAAAAAUUAGCUUUAGCUUCAUCUGGAAGUAUGAGAAAAUAUGAAAAAGUUUGAAAAGAAUUAUUGAUUUUGUUCUGAUUUUGGUUGCUCUGUCAAUAAAACGAUUUUCAUUACGGUUACUACUUGAAUGAAAAACUUGGCGCCAAGUUGAAAAUUCAAAAGACAUCCAAAACUUAUUCGAAAAGUAGUUACGAAAAUACAUGUAUCAAUACGAGUAUUCCGCAAAGAAAUUGAACUGUUGACUAUUUUCUGGAAAGCUCAAAAAAUUCCGGUGUUGUCCAUCUUAAAUAAAGAGUUUGAAGUGAAAAUAGCCUUAGUUCACAAAAUCAUUUAAAUGAUGUUGUUCAUUGGCUAACUUUUUCAGCUACAUGUACCCAAACGGCCGAGACAAGGACAUCGAUUUGAGUACAAUUAUGGAAGUUCCUCAAGCGGAUCGAGUUAUGGUAACCCUCAAAAGCCUUGUUAAAUCACUUCAACGUUUCAUUACACAGGUCACCAGUGAACAGUAUGAGUUGUACUGUGAAAUGGGAACUACGUUCGAGUUGUGCAAAAUUUGCGACGAUAAUGAGAAGAACAUCAAAAUCGAGCCGUGUGGCCAUCUUUUGUGCUCUUCUUGCCUGUCGACGUGGCAGGUAAGACUUUAAACCCAGUCGUGAAUGAACGUUAACAAAAUUUAUUAAAACGGUUUUUUUUUCCUUCAGGACUCAGAAAACGGAAACACCUGCCCUUUCUGCAGAUAUGAGAUUAAAGGAACAAACCGUGUAAUUAUCGAUCGGUUCCGACCGCCGAAAAAAGAACACAAACGGUCGUCCGUACCGACGCUCCAAAAGAUCUCCCCACCCAAGCCAGUUCGUUUCCGGUUCUCACGGCAACAGAACAUUUGAUCUAUUUUCAGGACCCCAAGCACGUAUCCGCCGCUGAAGUUAAUCUUUUACUGCUUGAUGACCUUCCGGUCGCUCCUCCGCCUCUUCCUCCAAGACCGACGCCGAGAACGAAUCUUUUAAAGGUUUGUUCAAAGAGGGAAUUUGUAGAAGACGAAAACUACAAAUCGAAGUAAUAACUUAAAAUUUGUGAAUUGUUGGAAAUUCAAGCUGAACAUGAAUUUUUCAGAAAGAGCACAGCUACGUGAACAUCAAGGAGCUCCUAGCGGAAGGUCUGGUCCUUCCAGUUCGAGUAGAACCGGUCAUCGCUUCCCCUACGGUGCCCUCAGAACAUGCUCCUUUACCACCGGCGACUUCUGCCGAGAGCACCGACCGAGGCGACGAAUACAUCAAUACUCUCAACUUUCUAGAUUAA